AUGUCCAACCUCGCGAUCCUCACCCGCCACCAUGACGUCCGUGCAGCCAAACGCCGCGCAAAAAAGGACCAGAUCAACGAGAUCGUCUUUGACGACGCUGCCCGGAGGGAAUAUCUCACCGGCUUUCACAAGCGCAAGGUCGCGAAGCAGAAGGCCGCGAAAGAGAAGGCGGUCGCGCGAGACAAGGAAGCGAGGCUCGAGGCUAGAAGAGAGCAUCGACGUCUACUCGCAGAGAGGGCUGCGCAGAACGCUGCAGAAGUCGAAGGAGCGUACGGGGCGGCCGGCGGGUCACCCGAGCUCGCCAACUCGGGAAAUGGUUGGGAUGGACUAACAGCGGGCCCGGACGCGCAGGAUGAUGCGGGAGUUGAGGAGGAUAUGGAGUUCGAGAACGAGGAGCAGCUCGCGACGGUCACCGUCGUGGAGGACUUUGAUCCCUCCUCAUUCAUCUAUGGCCCGGAGGCGUCGACAUCCGAGACAGAUCCACAUGGCGACUCUCGGUCUGCGGGCGACGGCGGUGAUCCUCGGACGCGCGCUUUACCCAAAGGGAAGGCGAAGAACAGGGACGAUGGGCGGGCGGAGAAGAAGGGGGCGUCGGUGUCGUCGGGGAAGAAAGAAAAGGCGAAGGGGAAAAAGGUCAAGUACGAGACCAAGGCGGAGCGCAAGACGACGCGCACGAAACAGUUUGCACGGAGGACUGAAAAGGCAGAGAGAGCGGGCGGGAAGGUGUCGAAGAAAGGCAGACGGCGAUGA